AAAAUGCCCCUCUCGGUCUUCUUUUCCGUUCCCGUUCCCCUAACGGCCGCCGGCCGAACACGCCUGCAGCGAAUCGAAGCACACCGCCACCGGCCUCGAAGGAGUUCUUCUGCUGCCGUCGUCCUCCUCCUCCUCCUCGCCGCCUCUGCUCGUUCGAUUCUUCUUCUGCUGGCAUUGAAUUGCAUCCACUAUGUCGCAACUCAGCACAUGCUCGUUGCCAGGAGCUGCAAUCUAUGGCACUUCAACUAGGAGAUUUGGAGGAUCACAACUUCAGCAAUCUAAAAUGAAUCGCAUCUCAUUUGAACGGGAAGUUUCUGCUAAAGCAACACUGAGAAGUGUUAGAUGCAACGCUACUCAAACCCAAAGCGUUCAGAAGAAAUCUUCAAGUGCAACUGUUCAACGUGAUAAGAAAGGGCAAGUCCAACGGCCAAAGCUGGAUGAUGGAAGUGGUGGGUUCCCUCCUUUCCGCUUCGGCAAAGGCGGCGGUGGCGGUGGAGGUGGCGGGGGCGGCAGCAACUACUUUGGUGGAUUCCUUCUCUUCACCUGCGUGUUGCUCCUAGACUACCUGAAGGAGUUCGAGAAAUACAUGCUUACUCGGAGGCACCGAUCUGGAGACGAUGCUGAUAACGGGCUGCUACCGCAAUGAUCCCCAGUCUCAUCAGCACUAGCUACUAGCGUCUGAUCUGAAAAAAAAAAAAAUCUUCAGGGCUGCAUUUUGGAACAUUCGAAUCCCUUGCUUGUUAAAUGUUCUCGUUCUAAUGACCUUCCGAAAAAACAUAGCUUCACUGAGACGAAGCUCGAAUUACAGACUGUGCUGCAUCCGAGAUGCUGAAAUUUCUCACGAUGAGGCUGCUGUACUGGAAUUAUAGAGGGGAAAUUCCUUAUUUGCUACCAAUCACUUUCCCCUUUAUGCCACUCCAGAAGUUUCUUAUCAUGGGUUUCAAUUUUUUUUUUCCUUCUUUA